AUCAGUGGGAGGUCCACCUGUGUGUCCCAGCAGCAGCAGCAGCAGCAGCAGCCUGAUGAGGACUCCUCCUCUCUGCCACCGUCACUGUUUCCCUGGACGCGGAGAGAAACCAGUCGGACGUCCUUCUGCGUCUCACUCGCUCCCAGGAUUCAGACGCGCACUGGAGGAAUGCGUGGCAAAACCCAUCGUUUAUUUGGAGUACCCGUCCUUUAACGCGUGCAUUCCCAUAUCGAGCAUGAUCGUUCCCUCCUGGAGCCGGUAAAAGGCGUAAAGAAAAUGUCUCAGCAGCAGCGGCUCGUCCAACUCUCCGCGGCGUCCCUUGCCGUGGUCUUCGGGCCGGACGAGGAGAGUUUACGCGCCGGCGGAGGGAAACUCAACGCCAAUACUACGAGCGGUCAGGAGAUUUUUGCGGACUUCAAAGCGCAAAACUCGCGCAGUUUUUGGAAUAAGAGACUCGUUAAGGCCAUCGCUGAGGUGUACUUCCAGGGAUGGAUGGAAAACUCGGUGCUUUUCAUUCAAGGGAACGCGAACAACUUGGAGGUGCUGAGAGAAGCGUGGAUGCGCAGAGCUCUGAGGUCUCCAAAAGGAUUUAUCAUUAAAGCUGUCGGUGACCUGUCCCCAGUGCAGAUGUCCCCUGUUCCCCAGUCGCAGUUCAUCCCGUUGGCUGAGGUGUUGUGCUCGGUCAUCUCAGAUAUGAACUCCUCCCAAAUCACCGUCAGCCAAGAAGCACUUGUCAAUUACAUGAGCAAAGCCCAUCCAGGGAUAACAAUCCCCACUCAGGACAUCCUCUACAAUGCUUUGGGCACUCUGAUCAAGGAGCGCAAGAUUUACCACACAGGCGAGGGUUACUUCAUCGUCACGCCUCAGACCUAUUUCAUUACCAACAACAUGGUCCGAGAGAAAAGCUGGUGGACGUCCGGUUCAGCAGAUGACCCUCCUUUGCCUCCUCCCAUUACUUACCUGCUGAGCAAUGAAGCCUGUGUUGAGAGCACUCAAACGCUCCCAGUGGCCCACUGCAAGUCCUGCAGCUGUUUCGGUCCUCUCCAAAUUUCCACUAAUGUCACCUCCACUACUGCAACAGCCACCGUCCCUCCCUCAACUGUCCCAGACCAGCAUUCAGUCUCCUUGUCCAUAAGUGAAUGCACAGGCAAGAGCUUAAAGUGGCCCCGACCCUUAGAUCACAAACCCUCAGUGCAGCAUCAGUCGACCUCCACAGCGGCUGAUUGUCAAGCGAGUGAGAUCAGCAAAACUACAGCCACUACUAACGCCACUGGUCGCAAAGAAAAAGACAACAAACCAGGGCGGAAGUUUGGUCUGAGUUUGUUCCGAAGGAAUGGAGGUAAAAAGGAAAAGCCAAAAAAGGAGUAUGCUUCAUUCUCAGGCCAGUUUCCUCCAGAGGAGUGGCCGGUAAGAGACGAGGACGACCUGAACAACUUGCCACGUGACCUGGAACACGCCAUCAUCAAACGCAUCAACCCUGAACUGACCGUAGACAACUUGACACGGCACACGGUCCUGAUGAAGAAGCUGGAGGAAAGAAGGGAGCGGGGGAUAGAGAGAGUGUUGGACAGGGGUCUGGAUAAAGACGACAAGGGAGUCGACAAGGGAAUGUCUACUGAGAUACUAACAUUCUCAAAACCUAGACAUCAUCACUCGGCUAAGGCAACGGCGGGGAAAAGAGCUGCUCAAAAGGCCUCUCGCAGCAAGAGGAGGGCCCACUCAUCCAGAGAGAAGCAGAGGGAAAGGGACAAGGAGAGGGUUAAGAGUAAGGCUCCUAUAUGUACUGACAAUUAUCCAGAGGGGGAGGAUUUGAUCCCUACGCGGCUCAGAGUGGAAAUCCCUGUUGAUGAACCAGAUCAAGUGGAAGAAGGUGGAACUGUUGAAGGAAAAUCUCUGUAUAAGAAACGCAUUGAAAACCCUUUCCAGACUCAUCCGACCAAAGACGCUGAGACCAUAACUCCGGCCACCCGAGAGCAUAGAAGACGAGAGGUGAAAGACGGCAAGGCUUUAGGCCCAGGGAGGAAGGAACGAUCGAGUCAUCGCUCCAAGUCAUGGGACCCUCAUCGAGCCAAAGUGAUGGCAGUAGAUGGAGAGAGUGCAGUGAAAUUCCCAACAUCUGAAGACAGAUACGACUGCAUAGACGAGAGGGACUUUACUGCUGAUGCUGAUCAUCUACUCCAGUCUGACAUGAAGCGCAACAGAGAGCUGCCACUGGACUACAGCUCCGCCUACCCACAGAGCAGUACGCUUCGGAUAGAAGACAAGGUCCGACAUCAGAGGGAAGGAAACAUCAAGGAGAGUUGGGAGAGAGAGAGUAAAAAUGGCCCUUUUCAGGAUGUACAGGAGUACAGUGGUGAACCAGACCACAGCCAAAAUAUAGUUGAAACUUUUGCUAACAUCCAGCAAACAUCCAGUACUAAUGUCCCUACCCAUCCCUAUGAGCCUGUCAUAAACCACUCAUAUGAGCCAAAUUUGCCCUGGCCCAAGCCCUCGUUACAGAGAAAGCAUUCCCUCAAAGUCUCCAACCAACAACGGGACAAUAUUCAGAGGCUUGAUGAGCUCUCUGAAACUGCAGCCACCCAGGACCAACAGGAGACACAACCCGCCACGAUCAGUAACAGAGAGCAAAGGACCAUGAGCCAAGGUGAACGGCUGGAACUGACAGCUGACAGCAUUCCUUUAAUAACAGACACGGAUGGCUUUAUAGAGGACGACUACAGGCUGUAUCAGAGAGCCGCUGAGCAGGAGGAUGACGACGCCUGCAGCUCCUUGUGUCUGAAUGACAAUGAGAUUAUUGAUGCUGCGAAUGAGUACCGAACAGAUGUAGCAGACUAUCAAGGCCACCAGUUGAUUUAUCAAAACCAUGAGUCUGAUUUACAAUAUCAGGGACCCCACAGCCACUAUUAUGAAUCCAAUUUUCACCAACAACAAGUCGCCUUAAUUCAAAAUUCAGUGGACAGCACUUUCAAAGAUCUCACAGCCCAAAGGGAAUCGUCCCUCAGCACCGCCAGACCUGGAGAGGCCAGCUGGAGACUCCACCAUCCAAGGACCAGAUCCCCCGGUGGCCAAAGUGAAUCCAACCCCAGAAGAAGCGCCUUGAUCCAAGGGGAAAGAAGACAGGAAGCUGGCCCUAAUUUGGAGUAUUCUGAGGCAUGUGAGGCUGCAGACAGCAGCAUCUUUGACUACUGCCAGACAAGUGAGAUAGAAUCAGACACGGAGACCAUGCGGAAGUCAGCUGAUGAGGGUGAUGGCGAGUCCGCUCACUGGGCAGCUGAGGUGGAGGAAGUGCAGGAGUUCGAUGAGAAGGGUGUUCCUCAGACCCACAGAGCUGUUCUGAGCAUGCCCAGUGGAGCCAGAGGGGCAGAGGUUGGAGAAAUGGUGGAAAUGGGAGAGAACCAGAGCAUCACAGGAGACAGUGGGAUAGAUUCCCCCCGGACCCGAGUCAGUCUGGCCUCCAGCAACACUGUCAUUCUCGAAGGUCUCAAGAGACGAGGCUUUUUGCAGAACUUGGAGAAACUUCAUUCAAAGAGCAGUGCCAUUCGACCACAGAGCUCACUGCUGCAGCUAACUCCUGUCAUGAACGUAUAGCGGGCUGGAUUCCACCACUGAAGCUUUGUGUUGGAGCCGAUAUAUCUCUUCAUACAGUAUAAAUCGUGUUUAUACAUCUGUAGUUGUAUGCAACUAUAGUGGUCAGAAAUAUAUCCAAUGAUGAGGGUCCACACGAGGGCUGCAGCUAAGGAUUUCAACGAUGCAUUGUUAAUUAAUCUGAUGGUUUCUGAUUAAUUGAUUAAUUGUUUGGUCUAUGAAAGGUCAGAAAAUGGCGCAAGAGCCCUAGAUGACGUCCUCAAAUGUCUUGUUUUGUCCACAACCUAAAGAUAUUCAAUCGAGGAUUUUGACUUGUUCUCUGAAGCAAUUACUCAAACCAUUUAAUCGAUUAUCAAAGUAGUCGACAUUUCAUUUAGUAUUUAACUAAUCGAUUAAUCAAUUAGUCUUUGCAGCUCGAGUUUACCUCCUCAUAUCUAUUGCAACAGGAGCCUGUGUACAGAUGUACAGUAUAUAUAUAUAUUUUUUCUUUAUGUAAAUAAAUUUAGUGUUCCAUGACUUAUCCAUUCAUAAACUACCAUGGCUAUGAGCUGUUAAAUGGUCCACGACAUUUUAUGUGAUAUAAAUGUACAGUUUUUUUUUCUCUACGUGUUUCAUUGGUUAAACUGUUCAUAACAGCAAUAACAUGUUCAAGCAUUAGCCUUUUUUUUUCUUGUCACGUAGCUGUUACCACAAAUAAAACCAUGUAUUUCAAUCA